AUGGAAGUUAGUGAAUUAACCGAUGCUGGUUUGAUAUUACCACCUGUGCUUCAAAGAAAUAGAGUUAAUCAACCUGAAAAUAAUAUUACAACAACAACCGCGUCAACAAAGAAUAGCAAAAAAAGAUCAAAAGCAGCUGAUUCAAUUGAAAGAAGAUCACAUAAAAAAUUAGUCAGAAAUAUUAAAGUACCUGAACAAUUACAACAUGAAGUUAUUGAAGAUGAUGAAGGCAAUAGAUGGAUUCCCGUACAUUUAAUUCAUAGGAAAAAAGGUGAAUUCUGGACACAUUUUUUAGCGUUUAGAAAUGAUGCUCAUGAUGUUAAAUGUAAACAUUGUGGUAAUAUUUUUCAUAGAUUAAAUUUAGAGACAAGAAGACCAGUUAAUACAGAAAUCAUCGAUCAUUUAAUUAAUAUUCAUGGUAUUGAUAAAAACACAAGCUUUUAUGAAUUUGGUAAUGAUGGUCUUGAUGAUUUACAAGAUAAUUUAGAUCAAGAAACUGAUACUCAUGAGAGUACUAUCAACAAUAGUAUUACUAAUAUUAUUACUACUGCCACUGCAAAUGCUAUGAAUAACACUAACAUAUCUAAUGAUAACAUUAAUGAGAAGACUACAAGAAGAAUUGAUGAAAAUGAUAUUGCUGCUGCCAUUGAAGCCUCAAAACUUGAAGCUGCAUCUAAGAAAAGAAGAAAAAUUUUAAAAUCAAAAAAGACAAACAAUUUCCCAAUAACUCAAUUAUUAGCUGUAAUCAUUGCUUCAGAAAAUUUACCUUUACAAUUUUUAGACGAUUCAGCAGUUCAAAUGUUAUUAGGUAGAGCUUCAAAUGCUGAUAUUCCAUCAAUGUUUGAUAUUAUGGAUACAAUCAAAUCAACAUCGAGACAAAUUGAUUCAAUUGUUCAAAGAACUGCAAGUCGUAAUGCUUUAGAUACUCAAUUAAUUAUUGAUAAAAUGCAAUUGUCUUCAGCUAAAGAAUCUGCUGAUGAUGAAUUAGUAAGAAUAAUUAAAAGACAUCUUAUUGAAGUUUCCAAAAUGAAUUUUUUUUCAUUAACUUAUAAUGUUUGGUCGAAAUCUGUUUCUAUCUUAACUUUGCAAUUUAAUGACCCUCUGUCUCAAUCUAUUAAAUCAUUACCUUUAGCGGUGGAUCUUGGUGAUCCAUUAAGUAAAGAUAUGGGUAUAGUUACUUGUAGAACUCAAUUAUUAAAAAUUAUUAAAAGAAUUCCUUCAUUAGCUAAAUCUAUCGUUGCAAUUACUUUACCUAAUGAACGCCGUUUAACUAUAUCAAAUUCUGAAAAUUAUGAUUUUUUAAAAGUUGUUAAUAAUAAUAUUCCAAUGAAUCAAUUUCAUAAUUGUUUUGUUACUUUUCUUCAAGAUAUAAUUUCACCUUUAUUUGAUGAUAAAUCAGAUGAAGAUGAAAUUAUUGAAAAUCAACCAAACAGUACCAAUGACACCAGUAAUAAUAAUAAUAAUAAUAAUAAUAUGUUUACUGAUAUUGAUAGAGAUAAUCAAACUUUGGAUAAUGUUAUUAAUAUUGCUGAUACUAAUCCAUCUGCAAAUACAGUAUUUGAUAGAAUUAAUAAAAUAUAUGACAGUAUAAGAUCAAAUCCAUGGGAAUUAAGCAGAUUUAAAGAUUUAGCUUCAAAUAUAUUAGAAAAUGAUAAUAACAAUCCAAUGAUAUAUUUCGAACGUCAAAGAUUUUCUACUGCAACUUUAGCCCUUGAAAGAUUUAUUAAAUUAGAAUCUGCUAUUACUACUAUUCAACAAUCUUUACCAGGUAUUGAAAAAUUUAAUAAAACUGAUUUCUUAAUUAUGUCAACUUUACAUGAUUUUUUAAAAUCUUUCAACAAAAUUGUAUUAUAUUACGUCUCUGGCCCAGCAACAGGUGGAAUUUAUACAUUAUUAGCUCUAUUUGCCAUUGAAAAACAUUUAGUAGAUUCUAUCAGUGCAGUUAGAUUAGGUCCAGUCAUGGCUAGUAUGAAAAAAGUAUUAAAUACUAUUAAGAGAACUAAAAGAUUAUUAAUUAAAGAUGAUAUGAUUCUAGUAUCAAUGUUUAUGUGUCCUUUGGCAUUAUUCGAAAGAGAAAUUUUAGAAUAUACUUUUGAUUCUACUUCAUUAUCUGAUAUUGUUCAAAUGGUAUCACAAGCCAUAUUGAAUUGUUUAAAACCCUUUGUUGAUUUACAAGAAAUUGAUUCAUCAGCAACUUUCAAUGAAAUGUCCCGUAAUGAUGGAGGUGAUACACCUCAAAAUAAUAAUAAUAAUGAUGACGAUGAUGAUGAAACAGCUGACGAAGAUAACAAUGACGCCACAAUUGGUUCAAUCGAUGAACAUGCAACCUCUGAGCCACCUGUAGAGCCACCUCGAACAGAACCUAGAAGAGGUGAGACUACAGCUUUACAGACGAGAAUUUUCCAUUUACUCUUGCAAAUGAUACAGACUGAUUUAUAUGAGUAUUUAACUACAGUCAAUGCAAUUAUACCAAAAUCAUAUCUUUCAUUCUGUGAAAGGAGUGGUUAUGUUACUGAACAUGGUGUUGUUUGGAAUCAUCAAGACACACCAGAUGAAGACGUUCAUGGCAUCACCAAACCUGUUCCAAAGAAAAAUCCUGUAAAUUUUAUGGAUCAAUUAUUAGAUAUUAAGAUGCCUGUAUGUGAUGCUUUUUGGCAGCAAUACUUAUAUGGACAAGGCAAUGUAGUGACUAAAUUAUUGAUGCAAAUUAUAAAAACUCAAGCAUCUUCAUCCAUUCGUCAAAAUUAUUCUUUUUUGAAGGAUUUCAAAUCUCAAUUAGGUGAAGAAUUCUUCGAAGAUGUCAUUAAGAUUAAGUUGUUUAAUGAUCAAUUUUCUGUUGGGAAAAUUGAUUUUGAUAUGGAUACAUUACCAUCAGCAUGUGAAUAUAGUUAA